GCCACUGCCUCUCCUCCUCCGGCCGUCGUCCAGACCCGGCCCGGCCCGAGCCGUCACCCCUGACCGGCAGUCAGCCCGCCGCCGCCGCCGCCGCCGCAGCCUCAGGCCGAAGCGAGCCGUGGCACUGCCCGCCUGACAGCCUCCUCGGCGCAGCCACCUGUGACGAGCGUCGGCCGGUCCGAAGGCGACAUGUUGGCAAGGCCUCUGAUGCUCGCGGUGCUGCUGGCCGUCGCCGGUCUGGCGGCUGGCGACGAGCCGGCGGCCGACGCGAGACGUCUGAGCCAGCCGGCCGACUCGUACCUCCCGCCGGCCGAAACCUACCUGCCGCCGCCCAAAGUCGCCGACAGUUACCUGCCGCCGCCGCCGCCGGAGAAGGAGUACCUGCCGCCGCCGCCGCCGAAGAAGGUGUACCUGCCGCCGCCGCCACCACCUGAGGAGUACCUCCCGCCGGUUCAGGCCUCGGGCGCAGAGCAGUCUUCGAAUCCGGAGCUGGAACAGUCAGUGGUGCUGGACUCCAAGUCGUCCCACGCCGGGUUCUGCCCACGUCGCCAGCUGACCCGCUCCUGUCUGCUGCUCAAGUCGGCGCCCACCGGCUGCUUCGCCGACGUCGACUGCGCCGAGCACCAGAAGUGCUGCUCCAUCAACUGCGGCCUGCAGUGUGUCGACGCAGUCGUGUCGCCUUCCUCGUGCGAUGAAAUGGUCUGCAACCGGCCCGAAGAGGAGUGUGUUGACCUCGAAACGGGACCCGUGUGCACCGCGCACUCGAAGCCGGGUCAGUGCCCGUUCCACGGCCAGCACUGCUCCAACCGGAUUCUGGUGUGCCGCGAGGACGAGCAGUGCGAGGGCGCCAAGCUGUGCUGCAACCUCGGCUGUCACCGGCUCUGCGUCGACCCAGCUACGGCCGAUGGGGGUCGCGGUCUGUGCCCUGGCGCCGUGUCGCGGCCACCCACCCGCUGCGGCCAGCAGUGCCAGCAGGACGAGGAAUGCAGCGCCGACCAGAAGUGCUGCGAGAACGCCUGCGGCAAGGUCUGCCAGGUCGGAGUGGUUCCGUUCAUCACGUGCCGCAACAGGAACUGUCCGUCCGGCACCGUCUGCGAGAUGCAGGGACUUGAGGCCGUGUGCAGAGGUACGCAGCUAACAUAA